GGGCCACCAGCAGUCGUCCUGCGUGUACCGCUCGCGCAACAUGUCCGCCGCCGUGGGCAAGUCGUUACGCGCGGCCGCCGUGCUGUCCGUGGCGGUCCUGUCCGUCCUGGUGUGCUUGCUCCUCGGCAGCGUGCACCAGCUCGGCGGCGGCCGCGAAGAUCUGGAUGAAGAGCUGGCGUCUCUCCGCGCGGCGUUGAGCGACCAACUCGCGCAAAGACGCCAAGAAAUUCUCCCCCUGCUUUCCCCCGGACGCGUCGAGGAGCCUUCCUCCGCCUGGGAUUCUCAUCUGUGGGGCGAGCUCACGCGCGGCGCCGCCGGCGGGGCUCCGCUGGGUUGCGGAGCUCUGCGGGACAUGCGGCCGCUGGAGGUGCUCGGCUCCGGGUACACCAAGCUGGUGGUGAAGGUGACGCUGGCCGGAGGAGAGCCGGUGGCCCUCAAGAUGGUCAACGAGCACGGCAUCGACAUGGGCAAGUGCGUGGAGGGAUUCAAGGACCCCCGCGGAUGCCGUCAGCUGGUUUCCUGCAAACUCUGCAAGGAAGUUGUCCUCCUGCACAGGCUGCGGCAUCCCAACGUCAUCGAGUUGCGUGGUCACUGUGUCGGAGACUCGGGAGGCCAAGUCACCGUCAUCCUGGAGCAGGGGAACCCUCUCCAGAUGCUCCAGCUGCUCCAGAGCCCCUGGGAGGACCGCUUCAGGGUGUGUCUGGACCUGGUGCGCCUCCUCCACUUCCUGUCGCGCUCUCCACUAGGAUCGGUGGCUCUGCUCGACUUUCAGCCUCGCCAGUUCGUCAUGGUGUCGGGCGAGCUCAAGCUCACCGACCUGGACGACGCCAGCGCGGCUGCGACUCCCUGCGACUGCGACGCCGACUGCUCACUGCAGUUUCCGCACCGAAAUUUCACCCUGACCUGCUCGGCCCGCGGAGUGUGCGAAGGUCUCAAUGAGAAGAUGAACAUUUACAACGCGUAUAGGUACUUUUUCACCUACCUGCUGCCUCACCAGGCCCCGCCCGGCCUCACACACCUGGUGGAGCGCAUCAUGAACGCCACAGGUGAGCUGAAAGCCGACAUCAACGAGACGCUGGAUGCUUUCGAGCACAUCCUGCACCUCUACCAGUCUGGCCUGCACCUGGACAAGCUGCCUCCAUCUGUACUCCGAGAUUACAACGUGAUGCGAGGCAUGACGACGUCAGGCAACACAGACUACCGGUGCUGGCCGUCCUACAGCCAGCAAGGCUGCGUGCUGUCCGUCCACAGCGCCAAAGAGGCAGCACACAUCUGCAACUCGCACUCGCAGUGCACCAGCUUUUCUCUGACUGGACAGAAAACAUGGACAGGUCGCCCACUGGCCACUUUCAGGAGCAGCUUCAGUCUUCUGGUGCCUGACGAAACCUCUGAGGUGUACGUGAAGAAAAGCACAGCUGUGUAAAUAGGACGCAUGGAUGGGACUUGCAAUAUUAGAGAAAGUAUGCAGGGAGCUCAUGUACUCCCGAUGAUGUGAAUCGAAAAGCAACAUGUUGCGCUUAAAUUAGACGAGUCCCGCGGCGUCCAAUGGCUCCCCCAGCUUAGCUGGAGCGAAGUUACGGCCGAGGCGGCUAAAUGUGAUGUAUUCCUAGGCCUUACGCUCACUGCACUCAUUUCAUGCGUCUGCCAACUCACUGCCUCUGCCAACUGCUACUUCAAGGGAUUUCCCAGCAGAUACAAUUAAGGAAAGAGAGCCUUGUGCUUUUUCUUUUCAUUUUUUUCAGUUUGCUACGUUGACUUUAUUUGCUGCCUGUUGUGAAACCAGCUCCCCUGUGGUGGGCUUGGAGGUAAGAAGUCAAGCCGUGGCAGCUCAGCGCAAAAAUCCAGAGGACGAGGGGGAAAAAACAAGCUCUUAUUCAAGUACACGCUCAGGCUGAUGCGCUGAGGUGCCAACUGUUUUCUCAUGGCUCUGAGGCUUAGCUGCACUGUGAUCUGAACGGGACCUUUACAACACCGCUUUUAACUUGGGCUGGGUGUAUCUCUGUUUGUUCAGCUAGUUAGCUUAAUGUUGUUUUGAGGCCACAGCCAGGAGCUUGUUUUAGCUCUGUGUAUGGAGUAGAAUGAAGGGCAACAUCUAUUUGACAUAUAAAGUAACAGCCAGGAGCUUAUUAGUGUAGCAAAUAAAGUUACUGUAUAUUAAAUAGGUAGCAUGACCUGGCAUUAUGAUGUCACACCCAACAGCUAGUUAAAGCAAGGUAGCCUAAGACGCUAAAGUCAGGUGCUAAUUGUAGCUCAGACAUGUAUAUAAAACUAAGGGCAACAGCUAGUUUACCCUAGGGUAGUGUAUGAAGCUACAGCAAGGAGCUCAUUCAAGCGCUCAGUCAAGCGACUAAAGCCGAGUGGCACCACUAGUAAGCGCAAGGUAGCAUAUGAAGCUACAGACAGUAUUAGUGUAGGAUAUAGAGCUAUACCUAACAUAUGACGCUAUUGCCAACAGCUAGUUAACUAUGAUACGGGGGGGGGGGGGGAACUGACUUUUUAAAAAAACAUAAUUAUUACUCAAAGCACAUUUAAAGCUUAAUUAUAUAGCCACGGUAUACCACAUAGGGAAUAUCACACCAUGGCUAAAAGUGUUUAUCCGUCUACCUAAUUUAUACUAGAUGUAUAAACUCAAGACAGAGUCGGACGAGCUAAACAAACAGACAUUCAAGACAUUCAAUCUGUUUUGUGGCCUGAAACUACAAACAUUUGAAAGCGAUUUUCGAAAGUAAGGUUUUUUUUCUUCUGAUCUUGAAAAUGGUAGUCUGUAAAAAUGGGAAAUGUGCAUGCGUGUUUAGUGUAGACAUGCACUAUUACCUCACAAACAAAACCACAAUUAGUGGCCUAAAGUGAUAGUGUUUAUGCCUAUAUCGCUUCUCCAGCAAUGUGUACAUUUUUUACACUGCCAAUUCAUCCUACGGAGAUGUGUAACUUGUGCCUAGUUUUUCUCUACAGUGUGACAUUGCCAACUGUUGGCCUGGCAUGCAUAUCACAACACUUUUUGUCAUUUUUGCAGGUCUACGUCAUCAGGAUUUCCUUUUGUCCCUGGGACUAUUUAAACGACAACAACCUAGUAAAAAUAUGUUUUAUUUGUUUUUGAAAAGUCUAUAAAUGCAAUAAUAUGCAUGCCAGGCAAGUGGUUGGUGAUGUCACUUCAUAAAGAAACACCUCUCAAAUGUGAAUCAACUGCUCUUUUUUCUUUACAAAAGCGCCUUGAAUCGCUUGUGUAAUAUCUGAAUGAAAGUAAUGCGACAAUGCAGGAUGGACUUUGUUGGAGGAGCGCUAAACACUACGACAGUGUACCCAGAAUGUACACUUAAUUUAGUUUUAUACCAUUUCUGUUUUUAGAAGCGACCAUUUUAAAAACUUUCCACUUUGAGAUAUUUGUUGUUGUUGUUAAAACAGUCCGCUGUAAACUGCCACUUAAAUCGCUAUGAGCAUUUACAGCAAAAAUCAUUUUCAACCGUUCCAGUAAGUUUACAUCCUUUUGUCAAUGGCGCCAUGAUCAAAUCUAAUUGUUCUUACACGAUUGUGCUUUUAGAGUUUUAAGUGCACCUUGUGGGUGAAACCAUUAUUUUCAAUGGAAAAUGAGUCACUUUUGUUUUUUUUAUGCUGCACCGAAUGUAACUGCAGAGUCUUAUUUUAUAAAUUUGUACUUAAAUUGUUUUUGUGUUCAUUUGCAUCUU